AUGAAUAGCUCGUCGAAGGUGAUAAUGGCGGCCACUAUGGUUAUGGUAGUGAGCUUGGUCAUGGUACUAAGCUUAGUAUUAGUACUACUAGCCGAACUCUACUGCUCUCUCUUACUUGGCCGCCGCCGCCGUCACUCCCAAACCCUCCCCACCACCACUGUCCCCGCCGCCGCUGCAACCGCCACAAGCCUCGCACAAACCAUUUCCACAACCGACGACCCUUCACCAUCUAACAUGGAUUCUUUAUCACACAAUCCUCUCACCACAGGCGUUCUUCAAACUCCCAACAAAACAUUUUACAAAACCAAAACCCAUUUCCGACAUGACUCAUCCUUACCAGCUUCUUCUCCUGAUCUGAUUCGCGAGAUCCAGGUACCCAUUGAUAACGAUUGUUUGGAUAGUUUCAUCUACAUUUCGAACCCAAUGUACUCAAACGAAGCAGCAAGUAGACCAACCACGCCUUUCGAAACCCCUGAGUCGUCACCGUCACGGCUCGAAACCGGCGACUCGUCUGCUUCAUGUUCUUCCGGCGAGGAAGACAGCGACAUUGUCGAAGAUUCGACGCCGACGUUGACUCCUAUGAAGGAUCUUCCUGAAAAGGCAUGCUCUGUUUCGCUAAAAAAUAUGAAGUCGUUGGAAACUUCUCCUAGUGAAUCCAACGGUAACAACAACAACAACAACAACAACGGUGAGUCGUCUUCAUCGUCUGGUUCGCCGUCGUAUACUUCUCCGUCGUGGUAG